AUGUUGAUUUCGACCGUGCCCUUGACUAAGCAGGAGAAACGUGAGAGACAGCGGAUGAAACAUCAGGUCAGAGAUGCUGGAAGACGUCGGAACUCCGAAAGCUUGACUGGAUGGAUUAUGACGAUGAUCGACGAGGAGCACAUGGAGCUGUUGACCAGACCAGAACCAAGGGUGGAAAAGGAAACCAGGGAUAAGAAGUUUCCCAAAUCUCAAAAGAGGAAUCGAAAGCCGAAAGAAGAUCCACUUCUCCAAGAAGGCCCGGAUGAGAAGCCCAAAAAGAUGGUCUUGUAAGACAGCGAUGGGAUUUUUAUAACUUGAACUUUUCGUAAUGGUCCAUUAACUUUCAAAUUUAUUAUUGUAAAUGUUAUACUUGAUACAAUUGUUCAAUUGCAUUUACUUCGCUUUGGAAUAUAGUAAAGUGAAUUAAUCUGGGAGUUACGUGAUGGUUUAUUGUUGGGGAACUGCUUGGUGGAACUUCGUCUUUUUGGUCCUUUGGACGCCUUUCAUCGUAUAAAAUGGCUCACACGACCUGCACGCAGUUUGCGUCCUGCCUCGUCUCUUAUUUUUACAUCUUUCUGCUGGAAUCCAACAAGCUCGAGACGAACUGCAUCCUGGAAGCCUUUCCCGUCUGUUCCCCAGUCGUUGAACUCUUUUUCGCUUUAGUUCCGCAGGGAAAAGCCGUGAAAACGAGUUUUUGGACGUGUAAAUUGUCUUAUCAGCUGUUUUUGACAAAUGUGUAUUUGAUGUUUGAUGAAACAGAUCGUUUUAGGGGUUAA